AUGCAUCGCGCGACGCCGCCGCCGCCGCCGCCGGCCACGACGCCGGCCUCGAGGACACGACGCGAUAACGUAGCGGCACGUAGUCACGGCCGUCAGUCGGCUUCAGCACUCCACAAGGAUCGCCACGGCUUUCGAAAAAGUCUAACAAACGUGUGCCUCUGCUUCAAUCAAAUAGAAAUCAAGAAAAGUAAAUCAAGUGUCCACCAUUUUGUCAGCGUGUAUAUUGGUGCUUCAAUCGUUUCAACUGCGUCCGCGUCGACUACUACCGAUACACUUCCAUACCUGUUGCAACAAAGAUUACGCCCCGACUGGAAUAUGAGAUACGUCUUUAAUUCUUUGAGAGUGGGGUUGAAACACGCGACAAAUUAAGGAGAGAUUAUUCAAAGCGGAAGUCUUUGUCAUUGUCGGCGGUGGAUGUGGAGGUGGAAGGGUUUUACAAUUGGAUGAUGGCGGUCGGCGCGCAUGGUGAAAAGCGACUUGACGAAGGAUGCCACCCGAGAAUUUAAUAUAAGAUGAACCAACACACCGGGCGAUUAAUAAUUAAUAAUUUAAUUAUUGCUGAUGGAUGGAUGGAGUGUAACGUGAGGAGAAAUAUUUUGCUGGCAAUUCAAGAUCAAAGAAACGGAUUUCCAGAUUGGACAUUCCGGGGCGGCAAAAAUGUCAGGG